AUGAUGCAGGAGCUGGUGGCUGGCCUGGAGAGAAUCAGCUUGGACUCGGAGGCCGAUGUGGAGCAGCUCAGAGCUCAGCCCCUGCCCUUCCCGGGGGUGGACACUGUCCAGGGCCACCCCCGGCCCGGCAGGACCAAGCCCACCGUGUGCAAGCAUUGGCUGCGAGGGCUCUGCAAGAGGGGCGAUGGCUGCGAUUUCCUGCACGGCUACGAUGCCAGCCGGGUGCCCGAGUGCUAUUUCUACUCCAGGUUCGGGGAGUGCAGCAACGAGGACUGUCCCUUCCUGCACGCCGGUGCCACCGCCAGCACCGGGCGCUGUCCCUGGUACGACCGAGGCUUCUGCUGGCACGGUCCCCUGUGCAAGUACAAGCACACGAGGAGGGUGAUGUGUGCCAACUACCUGGUGGGCUUCUGCCCCGAGGGACCCAAGUGCAAAUUCGUGCACCUCAAGGCCGGGCUGAUGCCGAGCAGCACAGACCCAUCCAAGGUGAAGCUGCUGUCCCUGUGCCCGCUGGUGCAGAGGGACCUGGCUGCCGCAGAGGACAGGGGAGGUGAGCACGUGCCAGCCAAGGAGCCACCUGCACGUGGCACCCGGCAGCUGUGGGACACCAGGGGCUGCCCCCCGAGCCCCCAGAGCCUGCUGGAGGGAGGCACCUGCUCCAAGCCGACCUGA